AUGUCUGCCCGGUACGACUUUCGACGUAGUACUCGCGUGAAGCGACUACCUCCCCACGAGCAAAAGGGUUCGCCACAAGAUCCAACCCCACGCAUGGAUCUCAAGAUAGACGAAAUAGACCUUGAUAGAACCUACGCUGCUGUCGUGCCACCUAGGCAGAAGAAGACAAAGAAAAACAGACCAUGGGCCAAACGGACAGGAACCGACCCCAUUACCGACCCAGCUGAGCUUCCUCGCGGGUGGCAUAUGAAUGAAGACGAUCUUGAAACUACCGAUAUUGAUGGUCAAAUCGAAAGAUGUCAUGAGAGAAUUGCUGAAAACAUAAUGCCCCAUGUUUUUGAGCAAAGGUUAGAGGCCUAUACAGCUGCAAAAGCCAAAAAGGAGGGGAUGAGGUUCCCGGGGUCUGAAGAGCUCAGCUGGGAGACCGUUCAACGGGUGUAUGAAUUGCAAAUGAUGAAGACAGAUCUGGAGAGCACUACGGAUGACGAAGAGCAGCUUCAAAACAUCGAGGCUCUCUUGAAAGCAUAUAAAUCAGGCGCGCUUGAUUGGAAUGCCGGUCUUGUUACAUAUUGGAUGAAGGGAGCUCAGAUCUCUCAACCAAGACCAUUUGACUGGGAUGAACUUGAAACGAUUAAUGCCCACCACGAGGGUGACAAAGGGUUUUGGGUGGAAGGGAUCUGCGGCCUUGAGAAUGAGAGAUCCCUUUCAGCGGUGACUCUAACGCCACAUUCAACAUCUCGAUCUCUGAUUGGCGUGAUAUUAGCUAUCCGCCUUCCAAGAAUAGCGUGGUUUGCCGAGUUGGAAUUUGUCCACGAUACUGGGUGCAGUAAAAUGACCAUGUUCCAAAGCGAUCUUAGUGUGCUUCUUGGUCCUUUUAGCAUGGCUCUUGGGCACAGAGUACCGGUCGUCGGCUUGGCAAGAAUGGUUACUGCUAAUGGCGAGGUAACCAGGUCAGUGAUUGAGGUAGAAGUCACACUCCUUGAUGACAAUCGUCAAAGAAUGUUCGCUUGGACUAGAACCUUUUGCAAUCUCACCCCAGGAGCUUGGGCACCCGGUGCAGCCCCCCGACUAGACGGUCCAAUUGUGUCAGAUUCGUUAUACGUGGCAAGUGUACCCAAUGGCAUCCGCUUCGUGGGACCCAAUUCACCGCUGGCAAAUGGGUCGCCGAUUCUCGGCAUUCAAGGAACUGCCACCUUUAUCUACAAAUGGAUGGAAAAGAUGCAAACAGAAGGUAUUCGCAGCUUCGAGGUCGACGACGAAGUCAGCGAAGAGUACAAUCAGCACAUCCAGAAGUACCUUGAACGUACAGUUUGGACUCGAGAUUGCCGCAGUUGGUAUAAACGUGGUACCAUCGAUGGCCCGGUUAUCGCCAUCUACAACAGAUCUAUCUAUCUUCCACCUUUUGGAAGCUAUGAAGAACCCGCGCUGGGAGGACUUCAAAAUGGAUCGGACGCCUGA